AUGUUAUGUGUCAACUGUCAACACGUUAAUGACAGUCCUGAUGGGUCAGUCGGAAUCGAUGGCCAGCCGGACUCGUAUGGAAAGUAUCUUGGAAGAUGCGGGCUCGGGUUGUCCAUGAACAGAACUCUCGAGUCUCAUUUAAGCCGCAAGGUGUGCGAACGAAAUAUCAAGAUUCCAACAUUUGCUUACAAUAUCACUUGGAGUGAUAAUGCUUGGUUUUACGCGUAUGUUACGGAAGCUGCAAAACAUGAGAUCUCGAGGGGCGAAAAUAACACCAUGAUCGAAUCGCAAUGCUCUAAUCUUUCUAAAGAAUCAAAACACAAUACUCCGAUUGCUGCAAUUAUUGGAGCCGUAGUGAGCGGCCUAACAAUUACUAUCGCUAUGAUUAUCGUGGCGAUUUCCGUUAGCAGGAGGCGAAGCUAUAGAGGAGUAGUCGACCUCAUAGAAGACAGCAAACCGCCGAGUACCAAUUUCGCGACUUAUGAUGCAGCUCCUCGCAUUACUGUUACUCCCUACAUGAUCCCAGGAGUCCAUGACAGUAAACCAAGGUUGUCAUCGUCUCGUCAGGUCACCUCCUUCGGAUACAGUAAACCAGACUUGAUUUCGCCACCUCCGCCAAUCAGAGCGGAAUUCUAUUGA